GAAACACGAUGGACCAAAUGUAAAAUCGGUAAAAACGUGAGGGCCGAAAAUUGUAUUUUUCCCAUUAUAUUUCAUAGUAGUUAACGAAAGUCUUCUAAUUGUGAUUUUGUCAAAACAAGUAGUCUACACAUCUAAUCAUAUUCCUCAUACAUUUUCCAUACUUGAAACAAAUACUAGAAAUGGCAGCUUAUGCAGCUCUAGUUUCUCUUACGAAUAUCAUGGAUCAGAUUCAUGAUCAUCCUCGUCUUCCAAUUUCUCUUGACCGUAUCCAGUCCGAAUCUCUUCUCGAAAAAGUCGGUUUUUUGCUAGAUUUCAUAGAAACCGAUUCACAUGGUGUUGUAACCGAAGAAGCACAAGUUUUGGAGAGACAAAUUGCAUCUGCAGCCUAUGCAGCUGAAGAUGUAAUUGAAUCUCAUAUAGCCUACCAAAUUCGAGCUAGUUCGAUUUUCUUGCUCGACCUCGGGAAGGUUAGAGAAGACAUGGAUUCCAUCAAUAAAAAGAUUACGGAGUUUAAAGAUGCUCCACGUUAUAUUAAGAGUCUCAUGGAAAUGGAUCAAAUUUAUGAGUAUCCUCGUUUUUUGUUGUCUCUUGAUAAGCAGCAGGCCGAAUCUAUCAUUGAAAAGAUCAAUUUGAUGGUAGAUGAUUCAGACAAUGAUACCGAGGGAGGUUUAAGCAAACGAGUAGAAGUUUUGGAGACACAAAUUGCAUCUACAGCAUAUGUCGCUGAAAAUGUAAUCGAAUCUCAUGUAGUUGACCAAAUUCACGCUCAUUUGACUUUCUUUCUCGAUCUCAUGACCGUAAUAGAAGACAUGGAUUCCAUCAAGAAAAAGGUUAUGGAGUUUAAAGAGGAGAGUCGAUCCAAAGAUCUAAAGCCCACAUACUCGAUGCCUACUUCUACAUCAAGACCUAUUACCACCGCCAAGAAUACUAUGAUCGGAUUUGAUAAACAGUUGAUUCAACUAUUGGACUGGCUCACGGGACAGCCAUCUAAUCGGCGAAUCAUUCCAGUAGUUGGCAUGGGCGGUAUUGGUAAGACUACCCUCGCAAAACAUACUUAUGAACGUUCGCUUAUUACACAACAUUUCGACGUUUGUGCUUGGGCUACAAUAUCUCAAACAUACAAUGUCAAAAAGAUUCUUACGCAACUUCUUUCUUGGCAAAGUAAAUCUGAUAAUAAUGAAAUUGAUAGAGAAACGGAGGAUGAAAUAGGAAGAGGGUUAUACCAGCAAUUAUGGGGUCGGAGAUAUUUGAUUGUAGUUGAUGACAUAUGGAGCAUCGAAGCUUGGGAUAAUAUACAACGUUUCUUGCCAGAUAACAACAAUGGAAGUCGAAUUAUUAUAACUACAAGGAUAUCAAAUUUGUGUGUUCACUUUGACUCUCCCCAUCUUGAGUUGACAUUUUUGGAUGAAGAUCAAAGUUGGAAACUUUUUUGUGAAGCGGCAUUUGGUCAAGAAGGUGGCGUUCCUGAACUAGAGGAUAUCGGAAAGGAGAUUGCUAAAAAAUGCAAAGGGCUCCCCCUUUCGAUUGUUGUGAUUGGUGGACUCCUUCGAAGAUCCAAUAGAACACGAGAAUAUUGGAAAGGUAUUGCUAAAGAUUUAAUCUCGAUUCUAAAUUCAGGAGAGGACGAUGAUUGCUUGAAUAUAUUAUCUUUGAGUUAUACUCAUUUGCCUGUCCAUCUUAAACCAUGUCUUCUUUACAUGGGAUUUUUUGUAGAAGACACGGAGACUCAUGUCAACGAAGUGAUCAAACUUUGGGUUGCUGAGGGAUUUAUAAAACUGAAUGCAAUCCAAAGUUUGGAAGAGACCGCACGAGGUUACUUAAAUGAUCUCGUUGACAGGAAUCUCAUUUUAAGACUUAGGUUGGGAUCGAAUGGAAAAAUCAGAAGUUUUAAGAUCCACGAUCUUAUGAGAGACUUAUGUCUGAAGUUAGCUCAAAAAGAGAAGUUUGUCUAUAUGUUGAAAGACGUUCCACGAGACAUAGAUAGGGCGCGUCGCAUUAUAUUUACUGAAGAAAACUUGGAAGAGGGGUAUUACUCUCGAGUCCUUCCUACUUUGCAAUCAGCAUCACUUGCUCGUACUUUGUUCAUAAUCGCAGUUGGUCCAUUGAUGUUUAAACACAGAUUGUUGAGAGUACUUAAUGUGCUUGACCAAUCUAUGGAAGAGGAAAUCGACUUACCCAAAGAUAUUUUUGAUCAAGUUAACUUGCGGUUUCUUUCUUAUGGCGGGUACCCAGGAUCAAUGGUGAAUGAUGAUCUUCCUUCGUCAAUAUCUUUACUUUGGAGUUUGCAAACACUAAGUAUUCAGGGGGGACUCUUUGCUCCGUCUCAAAUUUGGAAGUUGCGACAACUUAGGCAUUUGAAUAUUGUUUCUCUAGACCUUUCGGAUCCUUCUCCGGGUGGCCAACAAGACGACUUUGUUUUGCGAAAUCUACAGACACUUGUGACUGUAGUAGACUUCGCACUCACCGAUGAGGUAUGUAAGAGAAUCCCCAACAUCAGGAAACUGAGCAUGUGGUUUUUUGAUCGUGAGAAAAGCUCAAAUGACUAUUGCCUCUACAAUCUUUGCUAUUUACUUAAACUUGAAUCGUUUACUUGCUCAACGCGUUAUCUUGAUAAUUUGUUGCACAACAUCAUAUUCCCGAAUUCGCUCAAGAAGUUGUCUUUGGAAAAUUGUGGGCUCCAUUGGGAUGAUUUGACAAUGAUCGGUUCGUUGCCCUAUCUUGAAGUUUUGAAAUUGAAACGGGGUUCGGUUAAAGGACACGAGUGGAAUCCUGUCGAGGGGGAAUUCCUGCGUUUGAAAUUCUUGUUAAUAUACAAAUGUGGUAUCGUUUAUUGGAAUGCGGAUAGCUCCCAUUUUCCGGUCUUGGAGAGCCUUGUUCUUGUAGGAUUGGUCGAUUUGGAUGAGAUCCCUUCAGAUAUUGGAGAAAUAACAACGCUUGGAGUCAUUAGUUUGUACGGCUGCAGUGAGUCCGCAACUCUUUCUGCAUUGAAUAUAGCAGAGGAACAAGAGUGUAAUGAUAACGAUGGACUUCAAGUUCGAUUCGAGUUUAAGAAUAAGUCGCAAGUAGAGAGCUUCCGGGAAAAUAUGGAACAAUUAGAGGGAUUCGUAGGCAACAAUAUUCAAGUAAAGAUGAAGUUUUCCAGGAGAAGUAGGAACCAACAAUGAAUCACUAUUUUCGUGUAACAUUGUUGAUGAAUAUGGGCCUAUUUUGUACUUUCAUGAGGUAAUUUUUUUAAUUUAUUAUUAUUUGGCUAAAUAGCACUUAAACCCCCUGUCGUUACGAACUUUUGCAGAUAACCCCUUGUGCUCGUAUACACGCGCAGUUAAUUUUCACGGAAAAACUAACGGACGCUAUCCAUAUCAACCACAAGAGGGUUAUGUGCUGAUAUGAGGGGUUUAUCAGCAAAAGCUUGUAACCACAGGGGUUUAAGUGCUAUUUACCCUUGUUAAAUUUUUGAAAUUUUUGCAUGUACUGGAUCUUUUGUGUUUGUUUUUUAUUCAGUUGGAUAGUCAGG